AUGUCUGAGCUCGCAGUCGGAGCCACGGUCAAGCUCACCAACGGCCUCAUAGGUGUUGUCCGCUAUGUCGGCCAAACCGAAUUCGCAGACGGCGACUGGGUGGGCGUCGAGCUGGAAACCGAUGAUGGGAAGAAUGAUGGCAGCGUCAAGGGGGAUCGAUACUUUGAAUGCGCCCCGGGCCGCGGCAUGUUUCUGCGACCAGCAGCGGCGGUGGUCAUUCGUCCUGCCCCAGCGGCCAAACCCACUGCACCCGUGCCUGUCAAGAAGCCUGCGAGACCGAGCAGUGUGGGAGGACCUCCAGCAGCCAAGAGGGUCAGUACUAUGACGGACACAGCAGUGGGAAAGAGAAUGAGCAUCAACGCUCCGAGUCCUAGUCCGGUGACGAGGUCACGACCCUCCAGCAUGUUACGAUCUCCUACAAGAUCUCCGACCAAACAGCUGUCCAGUGCCACAUCAACCAGCUCUACACCGAGAACCGGAACCCCUUCCGGUGCCCGAGUCCCGCCGGUUUCAACCACCAAACCCAGACCGAGUAUUGCAGGAAGCCGGACUUCUAUGGGUCCACCGCCAAGACCAGCUUCGCAGGCAGCAAGACCAUCUACCACCAGUGCUGGGAACAAAACAGGCGUAUCAACCUCAAAGCGUGUGUCUCUCGCGCCCAGGCCGAGGCUUCAAGUUGGAGACAGGGUGAGGUCUAUCGGAGGUCAAUUGAGCAAUGCCCGGGCGAGUGACGCUGGCAGCGGGGAAAACACAGAGAAUGAAGAUAGAGGAGCGUCGCCGCUUGAGAGUGAAGAUACCGUAUCUCCGAAAGCAAUGAGCCCACUGUCGAGGACAUCAGCAGCAAUUCGAUCGAAUACUUCUGACAGUGGUCGGAGUACUGCGUCACCUGUUGCCCAACGAGGGCCGGGGGGAAGUACGGCAGCCAGCCGAGAAAUUGAGGACUUGAAGACCAAGCUUCGGCUGAUGGACAAGAAGAGGAUGGAGGACAGGGAUAAAUUGAAGGGCUUGGAGAAAGUCCAAGUCGAGCGGGACAAGCUUGAAGGCAUCAUCCAGAAGCUCCAAACGAAAUACCAGCCGCAACAGCAGGAGAUUACCGACCUCCGGAAGCAGCUCAAAGAAGCCGAGGCAAGAACCGAAGAGCUCGAAAACGAAAAGGCUGAGCAUGAAAUUGGCGUUGAGAUGGCGACACUUGAUAGAGAAAUGGCCGAAGAGACAGCGGAAGUCUUGAAGACGGAAUUGGAUGCUCUGAAACAGAAAAUGGAAGAGCUAGAAUUGGAGGUAGAAGUUUUACGCGAAGAGAACGCCGAACUCGGGGGAGAAAUGAGCCCGGAAGAGAAGAGUAGCCAGGGCUGGUUACAGAUGGAACGGAAUAACGAACGCUUGAGAGAAGCCCUUAUUCGACUGCGAGAUAUGACCCAGCAGACAGAAUCCGAACUACGGGACGAAAUCAAGAGCUUGGAGGAAGAUGCCCGGGAAUUGGGGUCAGUGAAAGAGCAUUACGAUGUCGCCAAGGAUAAGUUGGCGCAGUCCGAGGCAGCCAUCGAAGACCUUCGGCAACAACUUGACAACGCUUUGGGGGCGGAAGAUAUGAUUGAGGAGCUCACAGAGCGAAACAUGAGCAUGAGCGAGGAAAUUGACGAGCUCAAGGCGACGAUCGAGGACCUCGAGAGUUUGAAGGAGCUGAAUGAUGAGCUGGAAAUCAACCACGUUGAAACGGAGAAAGAGAUGCAAGAGGACAUUGAUUUCAAGGAUAGCAUCAUCGCGGAGCAAGCGCGGCGAGCCGAGGAGCAAGUGAAGACCAUGGAAGAUAUGGAAUACACCUUGUCACGGUUCAGAGAGCUGGUUACGAACCUGCAGAGCGAUUUGGAGGACAUGAAAGCAUCACACGCCAUGACCGAGACAGAAUCCGAGCAAUUGAACAGUCGCUCGCGUGCGAUGAUGGACUUGAACAUGAAGCUCCAGGUCUCUGCUGCGAGAACACAAGUCAAGACUAUUGAUCUCGAACUUCGUCGCUUGGAUGCUCAGGAAGCAGCUGAGCAUCUUGCAAUUGUCCAAUUGUUCCUCCCCGAAGCGUUUAAUAACUACAGAGACUCAGUCCUUGCGCUCCUUCGAUUCAAACGUGUUGGCUUCAAGGCUAACUUACUUCACGGUUUCGUGAAGGAGCGAGUCAAUGGACAACCGCCGACAGGUCACGAGGAUGAUCUGUUCGCGGGCUGUGAUGUUCUCGACAAGCUGUCUUGGGUAUCUGCCAUGUGCGACCGCUUCGUCAACGCCAUCAGCCACUGCACGGCCGAACAAUUUGCCAGAUUUGAAGGUGCGCUCUACGAGCUGGAACCCGUCGAGCGAGCACUCAAUGGCUGGAUUGAUGGUUUGAGGCGGGAUGAGCUCAAUGAAAAGAAGUGCGCAAGCGAGCUUCAGCGCACCAUUGCACUUAUGUCGCAUCUAGCUGAAGUGCACAUCUCGACUGGAUUGGCAAGUUAUGCUGAUGAUGUUCACAUGCGCACUCUUGUCAUGCAAAGCCAUCUUGAAAAUGCAGCAGCUGCAUUGGUUGCGGUGCGUACCAUGGUGCAGACCAUCAUUCCAAGCCAAGGUGACGAGGAUGAGCUCGCUCAACACUUCUCCCGAAAGACCGACUCUGUCAUCAGCAACACUAGAAGUGCCAAGGUUGUUGUCGGCAAGGCUGUCAGAGCGCUCGAGGAGCUCAAGACCCGGUCGUUGUCUCUGAUGCCAGAUACCAUUCAGAAUUUUGAACAGUGCGAAACAGCUACCGAGGAUCUGGCCAAGUUUUCUCGCCAGAUCGGCGAUGAUCUUUACACGCUACUGCACGAGGAAGGACGCAUAGAGCCCUUCACUUACAGCGAAGUUCAGAAUACAGUCUACCGUACUGCCUCAACCUUGUUCUUAUCGAGCGAGUCUGAUCUGUUCUCUACGUACUCGAAUAAGCUACGGACGUUGACGACCGGCUUGAUGGACCUGGCCACACUGGCAUCAGAUCUUGAGAUGACUCAGGAGUUUGAACGAGCAUCAGCCCCAUGGGUUUCAAGAUCGCAAGAGUUGAGGUCUUCUAAGACUGUGCAUGUGGACGCAGAAGAAGAGAUGCGCAGACUGAGGGAUGAUAAUCACGAGCGGGCUCGAGUCAUUGCAAUGAAGGAUCAGACGCUUGAGGAGGCCUCGGUCAAGAUCGAGCUGCUCGAGAGUCGCAUGCGAGAUGCGGCAAAGAAGAAUGAGAAGAUCAGUGAGCUCGAGAAGCGGAUUGAGGACGCCAAGAAGCGUGAGACUGAGCUUACCGAGGCCAUUGAUUCUCAGAACAAGGAGCUCACCUCUAUCGAAGCCGACAGAGAAACAUGGAAGAAGGUCGCUGAGGAUGCCAGGGCUCUUGGUGUCGCUGCACCUGGCACCAAGGCGGGUCAAGAGCAGGCCGUUGCCACUGCUCGAGAAAUGGAUGCACUCAAGACAGAAAUUACAAGUCUUCAGGCCGCUGUACGCUUCCUUCGCGAGGAUGUUCGCCGGGCACGCCUCACUGACCCCCAAAACUUCGACUGGCUUGAGACUCCUUUGGUCAAGCCUAUGACCAAAGCAGAAGAGCGGAAAGCUCUUGUCCUGGCCGAGGGCAAGGACGUCCUCAACGAUCUCCUCAAUCUUGCCAGCACAGCCAAGGUCUAUGAUCUUACCACUAUGCCCAAGAACAGACUUGCGUGGCGGCCAGCAAAGGCAACGCCCCAGUACCAUGUGGCCAGACAAAGGGAGAAUUAUGAGGCGUGGAGCAGCUGGAAGGAUGGCGUUGUUAAGAAGGCUCGCGUCCUAGAGGAGCGGGAUCUUAACCGGGGAAUAGAGAGGAAAUCAAGGGGUGCUCUAGCUGCUCGGAUACACAUGCACUUGCCGGACUUGGAAGGAAAGGGAGUAAGGGCUGGAGGAGAGGUCGAUAUUGUCGAUCCGGAUGACUUUGAAGGGCUCAGAGGCCGGCUUGGAUUCGUCUGA